CGGCCGGCGGGAAGGAGCCGCGUCCCCGAGCGAGCGCUGCACGCCUCCCCCACCGGACCGGACCCGGCGCGUCCUUCGCUGCGACCCCGACUCUCGGGGGCCUGGCCCGCGCUCCGCCCCGGAGGCCCCCGGCGGCAGCGUCAGGCAGAGGCGGGAGGGGCGCGGUUAAAAGGCGCCGCAGGUGGGACCCGGCUGCGCCCGCGCUCGCCUUGCUCAGUCAGGAACCGAGGGCGCCGCCCGCGCCGGACCCCGACCGCACCGCGCAGGAAUAAACCGGCACCAUGGACUGGGGGGCCCUGUACAAAGUCAUCGGGGGUGUGAACAAACACUCCACCAGCAUCGGGAAGGUGUGGAUCACCGUCAUCUUUAUCUUCCGGGUCAUGAUCCUCGUGGUGGCUGCCCAGGAAGUGUGGGGUGAUGAGCAGGAGGACUUCGUCUGCAACACUCUGCAGCCAGGCUGCAAGAACGUGUGCUAUGACCACUUUUUCCCAGUGUCCCACAUUCGGCUGUGGGCCCUGCAGCUUAUCUUUGUGUCCACGCCAGCACUGCUUGUGGCCAUGCAUGUGGCCUACUAUCAGCAAGAAACCACCCGCAAGUUCAGGCGUGGAGAGAAGAAGAACGAGUUCAAAGACCUGGAGGACAUUAAAAAGCAGAAAGUGCACAUCGAGGGGGCACUGUGGUGGACGUACACCAGCAGCAUCUUCUUCCGAAUCAUCUUUGAAGCCGCCUUCAUGUAUGUGUUUUACUUCCUCUACAGUGGGUACCACCUGCCCUGGGUGCUGAAAUGUGGCAUUGACCCCUGCCCCAAUCUUGUCGACUGCUUUAUUUCCAGGCCUACUGAGAAAACUGUGUUUACCGUUUUUAUGAUUUCUGCAUCUGUGAUUUGCAUGCUGCUCAAUGUGGCUGAGUUGUGUUACCUGCUGCUGAAAGUAUGUUUCAGGAGCUCCAAAAGAGCCCAAACUCAGAGAAAUCACCCCAACCAUGCCCUGAAAGAGAGUAAACAAAAUGAAAUGAAUGAGUUGAUUUCAGAUAGUGGCCAAAAUGCAAUCACAGGAUUUCCAAGUUAGGCAUUCCAAGGUGAAAUGUGGCUAAAUCCUGAAAAAACAUUUGUCUUCUCUGGGAGGAAAUGCCAACCUAAGAAUUCCUUUUAUAGGCUGAACAGUUUGUCUUUAUAAAAAACUUUCAUAAUAAAUUGGUAGUUGAGUUCACUCUCUGUAGAAUACAUGUGCCAUUCACGUGCAACAUAGUCAAAUGCAUGAUCCAUCUCUGAAAACAAAGCACUUGUUGAUGACUAGAUCUUAAAGUUACUUAGCAAGUCCAUUCUCCAAGGACUACCUGCCCUAGUGGGUAUUUCCCAAAAUUUUAUAUAACCUGUUGUUGAUAAAGAGCACUUAUCUAAAAAUUGAUACUUUUAUUAGUAGAAGAUAUUUUUAUAGGACUGAAUGCUCUAGUUCUGACUUUGGAUUUAUGUAAAGUAUUUUUAUAAUGACCAGCCUUCCUUACUUGGAAAAAUAUAUGAUGUUAGUUUUAGAAGUAUACCACAGCAUCUGGGUUUUGAACUUUCAAACAAUCUAUCUUGUAAAUACUGUUUUGCAUUGCCUAUUGACAAACUGUGAAUAGUCAUGACAUUGCUGUGAUGGGAAGUGGUCAUUGUACAGUAUGUUUUUUCUGUCUGCUGAAUGUGGAUAGUGCUGAGCCGUGGUGGGACGCAUUUAUAAAGGAGCUGCUUUGCCAGUCACUGUGAACACCAGAGAAUGGAUGUGAUCGCCUCAAUAAAGCUGGG